UGCGUCGGCGCGUCACGGCGGGGUGCGUGUGAGGUCAUCGCGCGCGGGCGGGCGGGGUCCGACGGUUUGAACGAGACGAAGACGGAACCGGAGCCGGGCGCGCGGACGGCGGACGCGGGUCCUGAGAAAGCCGAAGAUGGCAGUGAAUGUGUACUCUACGUCAGUCACCAGUGAUAACCUAAGUCGACAUGACAUGCUGGCUUGGAUCAAUGAAUCUCUGCAGUUGAAUCUGACAAAGAUAGAACAGUUGUGUUCAGGGGCUGCAUAUUGUCAGUUUAUGGACAUGCUCUUCCCUGGAUCCAUUGCCUUGAAGAAAGUGAAAUUCCAAGCUAAGCUAGAACAUGAAUAUAUCCAGAACUUCAAAAUACUACAAGCAGGCUUCAAGAGGAUGGGCGUUGACAAAAUAAUUCCUGUGGAUAAAUUAGUAAAAGGAAAAUUUCAGGACAAUUUUGAAUUUGUUCAAUGGUUCAAGAAGUUUUUUGAUGCAAAUUAUGAUGGAAAAGAGUAUGAUCCUGUAGCUGCCAGACAAGGUCAAGAAACUGCAGUGGCUCCUUCUCUUGUCGCCCCAGCUUUGAGUAAACCGAAGAAACCUCUCGGCUCCAGUACUGCAGCCCCACAGAGACCCAUUGCAACACAGAGGACUACUGCAGCUCCUAAGGCUGGCCCCGGAAUGGUGCGAAAGAAUCCUGGUGUGGGCAAUGGAGAUGAUGAAGCAGCUGAAUUGAUGCAGCAGGUCAAAGUACUGAAGCUUACUGUUGAAGACUUGGAGAAGGAGAGAGACUUCUACUUCGGAAAGCUAAGGAACAUUGAACUGAUUUGCCAGGAGAACGAGGGGGAAAACGACCCUGUACUGCAGAGGAUUGUAGAUAUUCUUUAUGCCACAGAUGAAGGCUUUGUGAUACCUGAUGAAGGGGGCCCACAGGAGGAACAAGAAGAGUAUUAAGCAGCCUGGACCAGCAGAGCAACAUCCGAAGUCUUCACUCCAAAUCAUGUGCUUAACUGUUAAUACUCCCUUUUAUUAAUCUUAGAGGAUUCACUGGUUUCUUUUCAUAAGCAAAAAGUACCUCUUCUUCAAAGUGCACUUUGCAGAAGUCUCACCUUUUCCGAUGAGUUUGAGUUAGGAGCUUUUGCCUUGUAGCAGAGCAGUAUUAACAUCUAGUUGGUUUACCAGGGGAACAAGAGGCCAACCAUGGGGCUCUUCAUGUGGAUGCUGGUCACACUGACUGAUGGAGAAGGGGGUUUAUAAUACGAGAGGUGACAACCUCAGAAAUGCAAAGACUGAAUUGAAUUCUAAGCUAAUGUGAAAUUCUGGCAGAGAACGUUUUAAUAAAUAAAUGCCUUAAGAGUAUUUAAAAUAUGCUUCCAUAUUUCAAAACAUACAGUGUAACAUGACAGGAGAUUUUAUGUGUCUGACAUUGUGUCUGGGAAGGAAGGGCAGACUUUAGGCCCUUUGGAACCUGCUGUGUAGGCCUUUCAAGGCUGCUUGAAUCUUAUAGAUGUCGACUUUGGCCCAGAAGUAAAGUUUGAAAAGUUCUGUAAAACCAUUUUGUGUCAAUGACCAGUUGCACCCCUGCUCUAAAAGCAAGCAGCAUAGUUGCUUGUGUGACUAGAGGGCGUCUGGGCCCUGCAGUGCCUGAGGCGAAGAGCUCAGCUUCCCAUCGAGCAGUCCUCUGGAUCUUUUCAAACUCUCCCUCCAGUUCCUCUGUAUUGUGUUUCUGGGACCUGCCCACGUCUCUGGGAUUUGAAUGGGGGUGGAGUCCCAGCACACUGUCUUUUAAGUUUACAGUUACACUUCUCUCUCUGCUCCCUGUGACCUCUGGAAACUCCUCUGGCUCCUUAAGUUUGCUGCUGAGCAUUGUAAUUACAGCAGGCAGGUGAUCGUGCUGCAAGUUCUUGCUGGACCUCUGGCAAAGGAGUGAUCAGUGAAGGCCAGUGUCACCUGUGCUCUGUGAGGCUAGGGUGCUCGCUGUCUGCUGGUCACUGCUCCCCAUUGUCACCUGAGUACUUUGCCAGUGCACUAAUCUCUUGGAGAUAAAAUUCUCUAGUGUGUUACUAAAUGUUAAAAUGUUUUUUUUUAAAGAAUAUACAGUACCGUGACUGAAAUAUUAAUAUUUAAAAUACUUCAUUCCUUAAUUCUCCCUCAAUUGCUUUACCCAUAGCCUAUUCAAUUCCUUUGUUUGGCGAACUCUGCAAAAUGUGUUACCCACUACUGAGAUUGUUCAGCCCCUGAUGUGUUUGUACUGAUUUGUUUCUGGUGGUAGCUUGUCUUAUGCUGUGUGUAGGAAACAGGUAUUUUAUGACAGAAUGUUAUGUAGUGCAUGCUCUGUGGAAUUCAGAGGAAAAUCCAGGCUCAGUGAUUAACAAUGCCAAAAAAAGAAAAAAAAAAAACAAACAAAAAGCAAGUAACGAGCCAUUGUUCAAACGACAGCGGUGCUGUUUCUCCUCUGUGGCCUUUCAGACUUCUGUUGCCCCCAAAUUCCAUUUUAUUGGGAACCCAUUUUCCACCUGGUCUUUCUUGACAGGGUUUUUUUCUACUUUAAACAGUUUUUAAAUAAAAUUCUGUAUUUCAAGAGUGUCCUGUCUUCUGAAAUGUGUCUUGCCUUGGGUAUAAGCUUUUAAUUCUAGAGGUAAGAUAGCUAUGCAUCCAUCUUUGGCUGAGCUUAGACAGAGGCUGAGAAAUGAUUCCCACCGUCUUAAAUAGGACUAAUCUUUUAAAAUCCCUCACUUUUCUCAAGCUAACUAAUCUGGCUCUCCCCUUCCUCUAUCCUCCUUUCUCCUUCUCCCUUCCUUCCUCCCUCUUUUUCCUCUUCCUCCCUCCUUUUGGUUUUUAAGACAGAGCUUUUAGUAUUGUUGUCCUGAUUGGCCUCAUAUUUGUCACAGUCCUUCUUCCUCAUUCUCUUGAAAGAUUAUGUGUGUGUGCCAUCGUGCCUGGCUUAAAAUUGCUUAUUUUGAAUUCUUUUUAAAAAAAAAAAUCACAUUACAUUUUUCAGUCUUCUACUGCUUUAAAUUCCUGUUACCCUGAGAAGGUUUUCCUCACAGAAACAGAAAGCCUGACCUAGUUGCUUAAGGCUCUUAGGAAUGUAGUUGGCCGGUGUUUGGCAGAUGAUUUAAUUGGAGGUAAUUGUUUCAUUGUCCUGAAAAUGCAUUUACAAAGUCAGUUAGUACACUCUUAAACUGGAGAGUAAAGUUGUUGCUUCUUAAAACUGUUCUAUAAAGUCCUACACCUUUGAGAAUGAGUUGAAAAUAUGAUCCUCUCCUGUUGUUGUCUUGAAAUGUUAAAUAGGCAGAAAGGUAAUUCAUCUGCUCUUGAGAGUACCAUGUACAGUACCCUGGCUGCUGUGGAAGUGAUCUUGAGAGUACCACGUACAGUACUCUGGCUGCUGUGGAAGUGGGACUUAGUGAUUUUUGUGACGUUUAUAUUCACUGCUGCCCCUGGAGGUUGAUAAUGAUUCAAUCCAGAAUCAUUACCAGUUUGGGGAAUAAUUUGGCACCAUCUGCAUUCAUCAUCUUUAAGAAGAAACCCUGAAGGGAUGUAUGUUGUGUGCUGUUAGCUGAGAAGUUAUUAGGUAAGAGGUGAAGUGGAGACUGUAUCCAUUGACCUGGCUUAGCUGUAUAAAGCCUUAAUGUGACUAAUUCAGGUUAGGAGGAUGGUGCAGCCUGAACGUGCUGUUGGCAAGGUCUGUGGUAUGUAGAGGAACAGGCUACUGCAGAUAGGUUUGGAUUCAGGAUAGGUUCUUCAGGCCGAAUUGAUGUGAUUGCUUCCCAAUUUCUUGGGAGAUUGGUGUAGAAUGUUUAGAAGUUCAUCCCCAGAAGUUCUUUUUUUUUGUUUUUGUUUCUGUUUUUUGAGACAGGGUUUCUCUGUAUAGCCCUGGCUGUCCUGGAACUCACUCUGUAGACCAGGCUGGCCUCGAACUUAGAAAUCCACCUGCCUCUGCCUCCCAAGGGCUGGGAUUAAAGGCGUGCGCCACCACUGCCCGGCCCUGGAAGUUCUUGAGCUGGGAGAUUAUGAAUCUGCAUUUUAAGGCCCCUCAGGUGGCCUAGACCUGGGCCCUGCUUAGAUGAAGCUUUAAGUCUUAUCGUGUCAGUGAGACAUCAGAUGUGAGGGUUCUAAUCCACCUCUUACUUUGCUUUAUUUUGUUUUUUUCUUGUUUGCAAAUCAAGGGCUCUGAUGUUGGCUGAAGGGCCUCACACUCUGCAUGUUUUUUAGAAUCCGAGGAAACUAACAGGCCAAGUGCAGAAACUGUUGUCUGGAAACAGGAGACAUUAUUUCAUGGCCAGAAGUUGUUAUAGAUUAGAAAAAAACGUAGAACAUGUUUUUUAUGCCCUAAAAAUUCAGGGCACGACUUGGGUAUUUUGGAAGUGAAGUGCUGAGUUCUUCAUUGGCUCUCUCUCAGCUUGGUGGCUGGUGGCUGGUGGCAUCCAGCUCCUCUGUGUUCAGGCAGCUUUCAUCCUGCUGUUCCCAGGUGAAGGGCUAAACACAUUCUGGAUUUCGUGCAAAUGAGGAAUUGUUGACUCCCAGUUCACUGGCUUUAAAAAGACCAUCCGUGAUUCAAGAAUUGCCCUCUAGGAUGUGAAGUGAGGACAGAAGCGGUUUUCUUUUGCAGUAACCAUGGGUCUCCUCAGGGGAGCUUUCCUUUAAAGGCUACAGCAGGGUUAGUGUGAGGAGCUUUUUGGGUGAUUCCCCCUAAUUCAUGGUUUGCUUAGUUCACAAAUCAGUCUGUGGGCUUUAAGCCUGGCAAGCCUGGCCAGAUUAGCUUGCUAGUGUGUGUGUGACCCAAAUCUCACCGUUGUCAGCAGGGAGAGUGAAAGGAAGUGCUCUCAGCAAGCUAACCGAUAGCUUGUGAUCAUUGUUAUUUUUCUGUUCUGUUACUUUCUGUGAGUGAUGAUGUCAUACCUUUGAACUCUUCAUAGGUCAUAAAAUUUCAAAACUGAACAAGAUGAUAUUCAUGUAUCUUCAUUAUGUUCACUGCCUCUACAUAGUGUUUGAGUUGUGUUCUAACAAGGUAGGAAGGAUUUUCUCAAAGACCAGGAGGGUUCUGUGCUUUUACUGAACUGACUGACCCUUGACCUAGAUGGCUUUAGUGCUACCUAGUUGUAACUUGUGAAGGCCAAUGCUUUUCUCUCCUCUUUGAUUUAAUGUUCUUGUAGCUUAGGGGCUUUCUGGUCACAUUGUUGCCAGGUAGCUUCAUUAACUUGAUUGCCUAGGUGAGUGGGUCUAACCUUAGAGACAUUUCUAACCUCCUGAAUCCAGAGCCUUAAAUCUUCUUGUUGUUUUGAGGCAGAGUCUCAUCUAUUCCAGACUGGCCUUGAACCCACUAUGUAUAUUCUAGGGUGAUUUUGAAUGAAUGCUGGGAUUAUAGGCAUGUUAUACCAUGCCCAACAUCAAACCCAGGCCUUCAUAUCUGCUGAGCAAAUAUCAGCCAAGCCACAUAUUUAGUUAGCCCCAUGAGUGUUGUUUUAUUUUGAAAAAUUGUAACUGCUUUUGAGGAUGGUAAGCUAUGUGGUUUAUUUAUUUUAUUUUUAUACAGACAGGUAUAGAUGCCAAGUAUGUGUCACCUCACACCUCAGUAAUUUAUUUCAUUUUUGAGAGGGUUUCACUAUGUGGCUCUGGCUGACCUGGAACUUGUCAUGCAGAUUAGGCUGGCCUGGAGCUCACAAGUGCUGGGAUCACAGGUGUGCACCAUCAUUCCUGGCUUGCAUGUUAAAACAGCAUUGGUGUUGCUGAAUGUGAAUGAAGAAGUAUCUGUGAGGAUCUGGGUCUGCUGUGGCUCCUGCCGGCCUGAGGGCCCUUUUGGUGAUCAGCAUGCCCUUGGAUGAGAUCAUAUUUUCAAAGGUAUUCUCUAGGUUGUAAUGUCUGAAUCCUUUUCAAGUUGGCUUUGAACUUUUCCUGAAUCACUAUGCUGAGACUUAUCUAGAUUUUUCCUUCUAUAUGCUUUCCCACAUAAAAAAAAAAAACUUGUUAUUGAUUAUAUUUUGACUCUUUUGAACUUUUUCCUAAAAUGAAUAGAAUACACUGUAACUAAGUCCAUUUCUCCUCCCACCCCAUUUUUCUUCCAGAUAAGGAGGAAAUUAUAUCCUAGCAUAUUUUAGUUAUGUUAAAUACUGAUAGUUUAGUCAGUGAAAAUAGGAUAUAAUUUUUAAAAACCCUACCAUUAAGUUAGUGUGUGUCAUGGGAAAAUUAGAAACAGUCAUAAAAAUCAACUUUCUGUAGGAAUAAAACCAAAAAAAAAAAGAAACAUUAAUUUUGUGGGUUUUUUUUUUACUGUAAAAAAAUCUCUAGUUUCAGGCUGAUGAGAUGUCUCAGCAGGUAAAGGUGUGUGUUGUAUAACUCUGACAACCUGACCUCAAUCCCCAGAACCCAUGGUGGAGGGAAGAGCCAGCUCCUGAAAGUUCCCCUCUAAUCUCCAUGUGAGCCCACCUGAGUGCUCCUGUACAUACACAGGCCACACAGUCCUUAUUUAGUGUGUAUGCGUCUUUUGCCUACAUAUAUGUCUGCACCAUGUGCAUGGAGUACCCAAGGAGGUAGAGUAAAAUAGGCCAUUAAGUGGAUUUCCUGUGAUUGAAAUUGAGAGACUUUUAUGAGCUAUUAUGUAGGUGCAUCAAACCUGGGUCCUCUGGAAUAACAAUCAGUGCUCUUAACCUCUGAUUCAGUUCUCCACUUUCUGCCCCACCCCCUGCAAGUUAAAUAAAAAUAAAAAUAAAAAUUUCUAGCUUCAUACCUAAGGAAAAAAAUCUAUCUGAAAGGAUUUUUGUGCCCCACCCCCUUGUUUCAAUGGCUUUCUUCCCUUGACCUUUCCUAUCCAGCGGUGUGUUGGGUGCGUUGAUUUAGAUACGUUUAUGUUCUCUGUUUAGGCCCAAGAAGGAAGCUUUGGUGGUGGUGUCUUGACACUUGGGUCAUGUUCAGUUCCUUACAGUCUGGUGCAAAGAUCUAGAAUCCAUGGCCCUAGCAGAAGUCUCCCUCAAAAGACCUGUUAGCAGCUGACUGGCCCUGGUGAAGGGUGAUGCGACUACCACGUCCAGGUCAUCCCUCAUCUCGGAUGCUCUUACUGACUUUCUCUGCUCAAAUAAUGGGCUGGUGCAGAACUUGGGGUGUGUUUGUGUCAAAGAGCUCUUGUGAUAUUUGCUCUCUGAACUGGGAGAACCAGUUGGCCUCUUUGGUUUGGUGAAGCUGCAUUCCCAUAGGGCUCCCUGGUUCCCUUGAGAGGGAGGCUCAGUCAGUGCUUGUCCGGUGGGUUACUUUGUAUUCACAUUUGUCCUGACUCUCUGCUGUUACUGCCCUCUGUGAGCUCAAUUUCUUUAAUAAAAGGUCUCAAACUGGGUGAAAGAAAAA